CGGGUUCUCCAGGAAGCAGCAGACAGGGAGAUGUGUUCAGCUGAUCCCUGGGGGAUGGACAAUCCUGAUUUUCCUUUAAGAAUUUUUGUACAUCUAGUCUCCUUUUUUCAGCUGAGCUUUGGGGAAACCUGUAUUUAAUCCGUGUUUAAGAUCAGGGGAUAUUGGGACAAGGAGGAGGAGCUUGGUGGGUGGGAUUAGCCCCCCAUCGAAUGAGCCACCAGCUCGUGAGCUCCCCCAUAUUUGGUGCUGUCAAAGUGGCUGCCCCCGGAGCCCCGCUGGUGAGGGGAAGCAACGUUCCCCAAAUCCAGCACUUUCCUCCGUGCCCCGUGGCUGUCCACACAGCCUGCGUCUCCCACGUCACCUUCUAAGUUUGACUUCCUUGACUCAGCCUGUCUCUCCUUGAUCCCCCUCCCAUUCUGGUGGCUCAGAGACGCUUCCCAGCCCUCCCUUCUCCCCCAGGCUCUAAGGCUCUGGUAGACGCGGACGCCCCCUCUCCGAUUCCCUUCCCCUUCUGUGACCCAAAGUUAGGGCAAGUGGAGGAAGGGAGCCCCCCAGAUAAGGGGGAGAAAGGCCCCUGGCCGGCAGGGGCUGAGCGGCUGUCCUCGUCCAACAGUCGCCGAGGCCUCUGGGACUGGCUGCGGGGGGAGGGGGUUAGCGUGACCUUGGAGCGGACAUUCUUGGCUGGCCAUGUGGCCUGGACUGGCAGGGACAGCUGCGGGCUGGGCGGGGGCCGGACGAGCCGUUUCUCGGGUGUCAUGCUCUCCCUCCGCCCAGGGCCCCUCCGUCCUUUGUUCCUCUAGCCGGGGGGAGGCCGCCUCUUCCAUCUCCUGGGAGAUGUGAGCCGGGGGGUCGUGCCCUGUGGCACCGAGCUUCGGGCUGGCUGGUUCCGCUCUUCGCUGAGGGGCCGCUCCUGGGAUUUCGGAUCGCUUUGGGGGCCUUGGGGGUGGGGCGGAGCCGGAGAUGGGACAGGACCAGUCCAAACAACAGAUUGAGAAGGGGCUGCAGCUCUACCAGUCGAACCAGACGGAGAAGGCCCUGCAGGUGUGGAUGAGGAUGCUGGAGAAGAGCACAGACCUCGUGGGCCGGUUCCGCGUCCUGGGCUGCCUGGUCACCGCGCACUCAGAAAUGGGCCGCUACAAGGAUAUGCUGAAGUUUGCCGUGGUGCAGAUCGACACGGCCCGGGAACUGGAAGACGCCGACUACCUCAUGGAGAGCUACCUGAACCUGGCCCGCAGCAACGAGAAGCUCUGCGAGUUCCAGAAGACCAUCUCCUACUGUAAGACCUGCCUCAACAUGCAGGGCAUCCGGGUGGGCCAGCAGCUCAACGGGCAGGUCAGCCUGAGCAUGGGCAACGCCUUUCUGGGACUCAGCCUCUUCCAGAAGGCCCUGGAGAGCUUCGAGAAGGCCCUGCGCUACGCCCACAACAACGACGACAAGAUGCUCGAGUGCCGCGUCUGCUGCAGUCUGGGCAACUUCUACUCCCAGGUCAAGGACUACGAGAAAGCUCUGUUCUUCCCCUGCAAAGCCGCCGAGCUGGUGAACGACUACGGCAAGGGCUGGAGCCUCAAGUACCGCGCCAUGAGUCAGUACCACAUGGCCGUGGCCUAUCGGAAACUCGGGCACCUGGGGGAUUCCAUGGAGUGCUGUGAGGAGUCCAUGAAGAUUGCCCUCCAGCACGGGGACCGGCCCCUCCAGGCUCUGUGUCUCCUCUGUUUUGCUGACAUCCACCGGAGCCGCAGAGACUUGGAGACAGCCUUCCCUAGGUACGACUCUGCCAUGAGCAUCAUGACGGAGAUCGGAAACCGACUGGGGCAGGUGCAUGUCCUGCUGGGCGUGGCCAAGUGCUGGGUGACCAGGAAGGAGCCGGAGAAGGCUUUAGACGUCAUCGAAAAGGCUCAGGACCUGGCUGAGGGAUUGGGGAACAAGCUGAGUCAGCUGAAGCUGCACUGCCUGAGCGAGGGCAUCUACCGCAGCCGGGGGCAGCAGCGCGAGCUGCGGGCCCACGUCGUGCGCUUCCACGAGUGUGUCGAGGAGACGGAGCUCUACUGCGGCCUGUGCGGGGAGUCCAUCGGCGAGCGCAACAACCGGCUGCAGGCCCUGCCGUGCUCCCACUUCUUCCACCUCAGGUGCCUCCAGAACCACGGGACCCGGAGCUGCCCCAACUGCCGCCGUUCAUCCAUGAAGCCGGGUUUUGUGUGACGGAGGGACUGCUCCAUUCCUGGAGUGGCCUGAGGGGGAACGGUUCCUCCUCCUGCCCUCCCUCCCCUGUCACCCCGAGGCUCUGGGGUCCUGCCCCUGCCCCUGGGGACUUCGGCAUCCUUAGCCUGCUCAGAGCCUUCACGCCUCCACUGCCAAAGCCACGUCCUCAUCGGGUCUUCCCCCUGGAAUUCCGCCCAGAAGCUUUGUUUCCAGCCCAGAGGGGUCACGUUUCCUUGUCCGUGUCACCCCCCGUGUCCCUGCCCCUCCACGGUCCUGUAGCAUUCCUGGCUGCCGUGUUCUGCCCUUAACCUACAUGGAUCAGCCCGCUUUUCUCCCUUCCAAGGGUCUCUUGAACCCAGGCCACUCCCCGCCGAAGGGGAAGCCGGAUUGCUGUCUGUGGUGGCGGCAGUGACUGGGAUUCCCCUGCCUUGCACCCCCUCCCCUGGGAUUGGGGGCCUCACUUCCCCGAGACGGUGCACACGCUCUUCGGGAUCCUUUGUCCCUCCCCACCUUGCCUAGGCUUGGGCCAGCGGAUCUGGCAUCUGGCGGGAAGCAGCCCUCCCCCUAGCCCCGACACCGCCCUCCCCCCCAGCCCCGACGCCACCCUCCACUUGUUUGUAUUCUGUUCUUUAUAGAAAAAAAAUAAAUCAUUUCUAUGCAGGA